AUGUGUUCGAUGAGGUUGACUCCAUGGUCCAAAUGGAAGGGGCCAAAGAAAUUGAGGUGGCCCAAGAAAUUCCAAAGGAAGGGAAUGCCCAAUCUUGUAUUGUGGUGCCCAAAAUGGAGGAAAAGUUGCCCCAUAAGGUGUGCUAUGAGAUGCCCACCAAGAAAAUGUCCUCCCACCUUAAGUCCUUGUAUGUGGGAGCUCAAUUUGAUGGAGUUCCGGUGA